UAAAAGCUCUGGAGACAGAGCAUGACGGAUCAUGUGCGAUGUGUCAUUCAAGUUGAGUGCUUCAAAUUUUUAACUUAGAACGCUCUUUUUCCGUGUCCGUCGACGUGAAGAAUCGUUUUCCAGUGUGCCAUAUACUUAUACCUACGUGACAAAAUGUUCGGAAUUUUGAUUCUAGUUGGAAGCUCCCUUAUCGCAGGUACGACAGCACAAGCGCACAGGUACCCAGCCGGUGUGGACCCGGCUUCGUGUCCAAACUACCCCCUCUGCGACAGAGCUUUCGUCCCCGCUCACACGAGCAGCGACCGACAAGCCGCGGGCACAGCGAUGUCUCUUCUGCAAAUCCACGAGGGCGGCGGCCAUGCUCCUUUCUACUCCUCGCCGGGAUUCUUCGGGCCGCAGGCAGCUCCUGGUUACCCGGUCGGUCUGUCGCCAUCCGCUUGUCCCAACUACCCCUACUGCAGCCACCACAUCCCUCACGCAGUACAUUACAAUCAUGGCUACGCGGGGGCGAGAAGUUACCCUGCGGGGGUCAGCGCUCACCAUUGUCCAAAUUACCCCUUCUGUCAUUGACGUGAUUUGAUACCAACGAUAAUAACUCGAGGCUGUUGGAUGUGUGCGUGUGUUGUAACUAUAUUUGACACUCAUCAAGGUCUUGAAACAUGAUCAAAUUCCCGACCCAAUUACUAUCAAAGUGUCGGGAGUCAUUAGUCUUAAAAUCGUUACUUUGCUAAAUUUUAAAAUGAAAACUUGACAGAAAUGUUCCGUGUGGCAAGAAAUGAGGAAUGGUGGUGCUCCAUUCUGAUCAAAAUUUGACGGCCCGUCCAAUUUUCCGGAAACAUUUC